AUGACGAACGAGGUACCAUUGGACGGUGCAGCAGGUUGUGUUGCGGCUCCGCAUCCUGCUCCUGUCCCGGACGCCGAAAUGAAAAAAGUGCUCAGUGCACACGCCUGCCAAGUUCUUGCAGAACUGCGGAAAACUGGCGAGCUUUGUGAUGCAAUCAUUAAGGUGGAAGACUGGUCAUUCCCAAUUCAUCGAAACAUCUUGUCCGCCUGCAGCCCUUACUUUCGAGCCCUGUUCACAAAUUGUCAGUUUGACCAAAACACUCAGGAGAUUCGCAUCACUGGAAUCAGCCCCGACAGUAUGGCGGCCAUCAUUGAUUACGCCUACACGCGACAUGUUAGGCUGAGCUGGUCCAACAUCGAAGAGCUGCUGCCCGCGGCAGAUCGAUUCCUGGUCGUUGGUUUGAUCAAGCCGUGCUGUGAAUUCCUGAAGAAAAAUAUUAACCCCGAGAACUGCAUUGGCAUUCGUAAUUUCGCUCAGACAUACUCUUGCAAGGACCUGGAGAAAGAGGCGCACAACUUCAUUCUAAAGAGAUUUCAGGACGUGUCUACUGUUAGUCAAGAGUUCUUGGAAAUGCCGAUUGAUCAGUUGUGUGAAGUCUUAGACUCAGAUUACCUGAACGUGAGGAAUGAAGAGAUGGUGUUUGAUGCCGUCAUCCGCUGGAUCGACCACAACCCGGAGGUUAGGAAGCAGGAGAUAGCCAGACUGCUCACCUGCAUCCGACUAGGCAUCAUUACCACCAGAACUUUCAUCGAAAAGGUAAAACCGCACAAAUAUGUGAAGGAAUGCGAAGCAGCGAAGUCAAUCGUAGUCGAGGCAUUGCGCCUGCUGUGUGACCUUGACUGGGACGAUCAGCGCACGACUGAUCCCUCGAAUCGAAUGUCUCGCCCUCGGGUGCCUCACGAGUUGCUAUUCGUUAUAGGGGGCUGGAGUGGGGGCACGCCCACCAACUUGAUGGAGGUUUACGAUACCAAGGCAGAUUCAUGGGUGGUCUCAAAGCAUCAUGACGUUGGUGCCCGGGCAUACCACGGCUGUGUCACAAUCGACUACUGCAUCUUUGUUAUCGGAGGCUUCGACGGCGUGGAAUAUUUUAACAGCUGUCGGGUUUUCAAUGCAGUCACAAAGGCAUGGUCAGAGAUAGCUCCGAUGAAUUCCAAGAGAUGUUACGUCAGCGUUGCCGAAUUGGAUGGUCUCAUUUAUGCAAUGGGAGGUUUCGAUGGGCAGCUUCGCCUGCACUCAGUAGAGAGAUUCAACAGGAAGACCAAUCAGUGGAGUUUCAUACAGUUCAUGAACCACCAGCGUAGUGAUGCCAGAGCCACAACUAUGGGCGGUGGGUGU